CUGCAGUUUCAUUUCAAGAAUUCGAAUCAAACUUCCAUUUACAAAUCUGGGAAAACCCAAUUUUUUCGCUCAACCCCUUCACUGAUUAUCUAAGAAGAGAUCAGAAUGGCGUCUGAAUCAGAGAAAGACCCAGCAUCAGUCUUUGACUUCACUGUUAAGGAUGCUAACGGAAACAAUGUGGAUCUUAGCAUGUAUAAAGGAAAAAUCCUACUGAUUGUCAAUGUUGCUUCUAAAUGUGGGAUGACCAACUCAAAUUACACCGAGCUAAAUCAACUAUAUGAAAAGUACAAAGAUCAAGGUAUGCGUUUCAGACACAAACAGCGAUACAGGAUUUUCAGGCACAUUUAUAACUAUUGACAUAUAAUAUGACAGACUGUAAACAGCCAUCCCCUGUUUUUUCACAGUUCAUUUGUGAAGCACGUUUGGCUAAUCUUAAAAAGUUUACUUAUUAGUGAAUAAAUAAGUUUGGCUUUUAAAUUUUAAGCUUAGCAAAACAUGUUCUAAGUUCUCUUGAGUGCUCGAAUAACUUUUUCCCUUUUUUUCUA